UUCGUGCGCCCAUGCCACGCCGCCCUCCUGUUCACUGCCCGCCGCCACCGGCUCAGGCCAAGCAAAACAACGAACCCGACCCUGCCCCAGCCAAGCAAAAGGAAGCCAGAGCCCAUCAAAUAUCUGCUCCCACCUAGCCGCAAAAGGCGAGGAGAGAGUCAUGGAGGACAGAGACCUCGCCCCCGCCGAGAACCUUUCGGAAUCCCCAGACGACGUCGUCGGCGGCGGCGACGAGGGAGAAGAAGAAGAAGGAGGAGGCGGGUUCACCUUCCCCGUCCUCGCGGCGGACGCGUGCGUCGUGCCCGUGUAUCCCAUCUUCGGACGCCCCCCGUCGCCGGGGGCAUCCGUGGAGGAGCCGGAGACGGCCACCGUGCGGAUGCCGCUGGGACGUCUCCUGCUGGAGGAGCGGGACUUCCGCGCGAGGCAGCGGGACGACGAGGAGGGCGGCGGGCUGGAGGGCGUGGCGCCGGAGAGCUACUGCCUCUGGGCGCCCGGGCAGUCCGCUCCGGCGUCCCCGCGGCGGUGCCGGAAGAGCGGAUCGACCGGAUCGGUCCUCCGCUGGCGCCGCAUCAGCGACCGCCUCGUGGGGCGGAGCCACAGCGACGGCAAGGAGAAGUUCGUGUUUCUAACCGCCGGUUCAGGGCCUCCCAAGCAGCAGGACGAGGGGGAGGAGGAACAGGGCGGCAGAAAAGGCGACGGCGUUGUCGGCGUCGGUGACCGUGGAUGGAGUUAUUACGGCAGAGGAGGAGGGAGCGGCGGCGCUGGCCGGAGGAAAUCUUAUCUUCCGUACAAGCAAGAGCUUGUUGGGCUGUUCGCCAACGUCGGUGGGUUACGGCGAAGCUAUCCCCCGUUUUAAUGCUUUUUUUUUCUUUCUUAUAUUUUGCCCUUCUUUCUGUUCUAAGAUCUUGUCUGUUUCUUUUGUGUGCAUACUGGAUAGUUUCAUAGUGUUAGAAAUAAAAUUCGUGUGGUUAUAAAUUAUAUAGUCGACUUAUCUAAGAGAUAAAUGUAAGAACAACACCAUCUUCAAAAUGGAGUCUGGCAUCCAAAACAAUCAAAGGGAAGCAGAGGAUAUUUGUAGGUUCUCUGUUUGCUGCAAACUUCAGCCAGAACUGCUGUCCUUUUGUUCUUUCUUC